CGGCGGCUCACACCACCCGCACUGCCGCCCCGGGAAGGAGGGGAGGAAGGUUAGGGACGCGGAGAGGGAGAGUGCUAACCGGAGAGAGACGCGGGGCCAGGGCUCCAGCAGGGGCUGGGGCCGCGGCUGGGGUAGAAAGGUGGGUUAGGGCUCGCCGAGAGCCAGAGCGCCAACCUACGAGGAGGUCGCGUCCGGUGAGCGCCACCUGCACCGCAGAGCCCGGGACGUCCAGAGAGCCGAGAGUAGUCCGAGCUCCGGCCGGGAGCGAUCCGUCUGGGUAGCCGAGAACCUAGGCGCCGCCAUCCUUGAGAAAGCAGCUGUCCGGAGAGCAGGCAUCCCAGAUCUGUAAGAAACCAGCCGUCCGAGGAGCCGCGGAUUGCAGGCGCCCAGGACCAUUAGACCGAGAGGGUAACAGAGGACCACGGACUGCCCCUGGCCCAACCCACGGGGGAACCUCCGCCUUGACGGAAGGUUUGGGAAACAGCACCGCUGAAGCGGGAGCCCGCCGGGGCGGGGGGGCCGGGCGCAGCCGUCGGGGGGCUCCCGAUCCAGGCCCAAGCCCGGCCACCGCCUCCGGGGCCCGCGGAGAGCCCCGGGGCUCCGCCGCCAUUGCGCCCAAGAGUGAGGAGGAUCUGCUGGCCCUGGCCGCGUCGCGGCUGAGCCGCCGCAAGCGGGUGGCGGGCGCGGCCGUCGGGGUGGCCAUGGUGCUGCUGCUGCUGGUGGCCAUUCCGCUGCUAGUGCACAGCUCCCGCGGGCCAGCGCACUACGAGAUGCUGGGUCGCUGCCGCAUGGUGUGCGACCCGCAUGGGCAGCGAGGUCCAGGACCCGACGGCGCGCCCGCCUCCGUGCCCCCCUUCCCUCCGGGCGCCAAGGGGGAGAUGGGCCGGCGCGGGAAGGCAGGUCUGCGAGGGCCCCCGGGACCACCAGGUCCCAGAGGACCUCCAGGAGAGCCGGGCAGGCCGGGUCCCCCGGGCCCUCCCGGCCCAGGCCCCGGCGGGGUGGCGCCCCCUGCGGGCUAUGUGCCUCGAAUAGCCUUCUAUGCGGGCCUUCGGCGACCCCACGAAGGCUAUGAGGUGCUGCGAUUCGACGACGUAGUGACCAACGUGGGCAACGCUUAUGAGGCGGCCAGUGGCAAGUUCACCUGCCCCAUGCCGGGUGUCUACUUCUUCGCUUACCAUGUGCUCAUGCGUGGCGGUGACGGCACCAGCAUGUGGGCCGACCUGAUGAAGAAUGGACAGGUCCGGGCCAGCGCUAUUGCUCAGGACGCGGACCAGAACUAUGACUACGCCAGCAACAGCGUCAUCCUGCACCUGGAUGUGGGAGAUGAAGUCUUCAUCAAGUUGGAUGGAGGGAAGGUGCACGGCGGUAACACCAACAAAUACAGCACUUUCUCUGGCUUCAUCAUCUACCCGGACUGAGCCAGGCCCCAUCUCCCUGCACCCCUGCUCUUCGUUCACCUCCACACCCCUCCUCACCCACCUUCAGCUGCCCCACCCAAGGCACCACCCCGUCCUUUGAGAGCCUGGUGGUGGGCGGACCCUCCCGCUCCCAGAGGUGGCCUUAACAGGCAAGACCCCUGGCGCUCUGGGGAAUAAGUGUCUGGGGAGCUGGGGAAGCCUGCGGAGGAGCAGAGAGGCUUGGUGAGGGACCACCAGCAUCCGUAUGCAUGCCUGUGAAAGUGGGGACAGGAGAGGGGCGCAGGUUGGGACCCUCUUUUCUACCAGGAGCCAAGAAAAGUUUCACUAGCUGCAGAGCAUAGGCUCAGAAAGCAGAAAACAGAAGGGAAGUCCUGGCUUUGGGGGAGGGAGAGAACAGAAACAGAAGGAGCUCAACUAAGCAGGAGGCCAGGAGACACUGGGACGGGGUAGGCGCUGGUCCUUUGUCAUGACGACUUCUCUGCCAUCCCCUCAUCUCCAUUGUUAGGCUUUGGGCUCUAGCCUUGGCAGCCUUCCGUGAACUAGAGGAACCAGUGAAUUCUCUCCUAGCAUUUACAGCUCACCCUGUGCAGUCCCCAUUUCACCCCCCCCCCCAUCCAGGUUAGGCCCUGGGGCUACAGCUGCUGUUGCCUCUUCCAAUAAAGUGAAG